AUGUGGAAAUUAAUUGCCCACGAAAUUUCAAAUUUAUAUAAAAUAACAAUUGGACCCGAAAAGUGCGAAAAUAAAUGGAAAGUGGUCGACCGGUCAUAUAAAAAAUUUGUUGAUAACAACAGGAAGACUGGACGAGGUCGAAAAAAAUUUGAAUUCGAGGCUGAAUUGGAUAUAAUUUAUGGGAAAAAAGAAAAUAUUAUGCCUAGAAUACUCUUAACUAGCACCCAAGUUUUGCGAAAGGCACAAUCGUCCUCAGAGACACAUUCGACACCCCUGGAAUCAUUUGAACCAGCAAUUAAAAAUUUAAUAUCUGUGGAAGAGACUGCACUAGAGGCAGAAACUCGAAAUGUAGCACUCCACCAAACUCAAAACCCUUCAAGAAAGCGCUCUAAAAGGAAUAUUACACCUGCUUAUAAAAAGCAAAAUGAAAUUUUAAUUGAUAUUAAAAAUGAUUUAAAAAAUCAUUAUACAGAAAAAACCGGAUAG